ACCAGACAUCACUUCUUUGGUGGAAACUUCAGUGACAAGUUUAGCUCCUGCAGUGAUCAGUGCGCGUAUUCCGAAUCGAGACCCAACUCCGACCCAUCCGAGGAUUUAUUAAGAAGUCGUUUCCCCAACCGCAACUCAGUUCAGACGACAUGAAGAUCAGUGCUGCCUUGGCUCUGCUGUUGAUCGCUGGCUUCGUGGCCAGUGGCGACGCCCUGCCCGCCAGGAAAAGGAUGGUCUACCUCCAGCAGCCCGCCGCCGCCGAGUGGUACGGAUCCGCGCCCCAACAGCGGUUCAUGUACAUGCAGUACGUGCAGCCCGGUCGCACCCACGCCCGCUCCACCCAGGCGGCCAGUGCCCUCGUGGCCGGCGAGACCGUCGCCACCGGCACCUACUUGAAGGAUUGCAAUCACGCAGAGUCCGAGAUCAGCGCCGAGGCUAUCCCGGCGGAGGACGUCCUGGCUGCCGCCGGUGCCCACGGCGCCAGCUCCGUGGCCGAGGCCUACCCCGACCAGGCCCCCGUCGUCCAAGUGGCCAUCGAUGCCGACGAAGUGCCCGUGUCCGUGCCCGUGCCCCAGACCGAGUCAGAGGCCGAGCCUGAGCCCGAGACCGCCGACGAUGCCGCCAAGGUGCCGCGUGACUUCAACUUUGCCGCCGAGGAGGCCGCCGCUGCCGCCGCCGCCGCUGAAGAGGAGCCCGUUCCCCUGCCCGUCGCCGAGGCCGAGCUGCCCGCCCCCGCACCCAUCGCUCCGGUGGCUGCUGUGGUGCCUGCCAACCGCUAUCUGCCCGCCAAAAAGAAGGUGAUCGUCGAGCUGGACCAGGAGGAGGAGGAGGAGCCCCAGGCCGCCGCCAUCGAGGACGAGGAGGAGGUGGAGAACGCCGUGGCUGAUGACGUUGAGGAGGAUGAGGAGGAGCUCUCCGUGCCCGUGAAGCCCAUCAACCCUGUCCGCGUGCCAAACGCCCGACGUCCCGCUGCCAAGAAGCCCGCCAAGGCAGCCGCUCCCGCCGGAGGCAAGCCCUCCAAGAAGCCCGCCGCUCCCCUUCCCGCUGGCACCUUCUUCCCCAUCGACUUCGGGGGCACCAACGGCGGCGCCAUCGCCAUCGCCAACUCCUUCAGCACCGGCGAGGGUGGAUCCGCCACUAGCCACGCCAUCGCAUACGGCUCCCCCGAAUCCGCCGCUCGCCGCGUCCGUCCCAAUCCCAGCAAGUUCCGCCACUAAUCCUCGGACUGACGAUCAACCACAUCUUGCUAGCGCCCGCAUCAGCGAGGGCACCCAGUCAAUUCAGUCUAAAAAGAUUCUCCUGUAAUUAUUAGCAAAAUUUUCCAUUUUUGAGCGCAUUAAAUAAAGCUUUUUCUGUUUUUAAA